CUGACACCGAGGGAAAAGAUACAACAUGACCGUCCUAAACUAUACUCGGAGACAGAUCCAAAUACCUCACAUGUCACUAUGUAUCUUGGAGGGAAGAGGGGGAAGUGUCGUGUCGUGACGUCACACCCCCCCCCCUCCACCGACCCCGACCUGUCAUUAAUUACCAUUAGAUGUCACCGCUCCGUCCGUCUGUUGAUACAAGAGUGUACUCAUGAUGUAGUGUUGAAGCGUGUCCCCCGCGAAGAAAUCUGGCCAAUAGAGUGCGGUAACAAAAUAUCCGUAUUGGCUAUUAGUAGGCUCCGCCCGCCCGCGCCGGGGUGCAGCAACCUCGGCUCCAUAAGGACGUACGGCACGCUCGAUAGUAGAGACGAUAGGACGUUACGGAGCGGAGAGAGAGCUCCGCGGCGCAGUUCGACAAGGGCGUGA